AUGUUGACGCCGGUCAAGGCGACCUGGGCCUUUUGCGUGCGCAACUGGCUCAUUUUCGGGUUUGGCCUGGGGUGUCUUCUGGGCUACCUGUUUCCUCAUGUUGCUGCUCGUGGCGGCAUAAUACGCUCUGAGUAUUCAGUACUCUACGCCGGCAUCGGCCUCAUCUUCUUCAUCAACGGCAUGCAACUGUCUCCGGAGAAGUUGAGGGAGCAUGUGACGAAUUGGCGGCUGCAUAUAGUGGUGCAAGGCAUCAACAUGGCUCUCAUUCCCCUAAUCCAACUUGCGAUUAUACAUAUAAUAAUCGCCGCAGGCGCUGUGAGGAACGGCACCAUAGACGCAAGCAUCAUCGUGGGCAUGGUCGUUGCUGGGUGUAUCCCUACCACCAUUGCUUCAAAUGUCGUGAUGACGAGAAACUCUGGUGGCGACGAGGCUGCUGCAAUCAUAGAAGUGGUUAUAGGCAAUGUUCUCGGGUCGAUCCUCAGCCCCUGGCUCAUUUACGGCUUCAUCCCCACGGAGCCAGAAUUUGCUUCGUAUCAGCCAGCACCACCAAACAACCUUGGCCCCAUGUACAAGGCAGUUAUGAUGCAGCUGGGACUGGCUGUUCUCCUUCCUCUCGUCGCAGGUCAGGUUCUUCGGUGGCUCUGGCCUCGAAAGGUCCUGUGGGUGUUAAGCACAUUCUAUUUGGCACAGUUUUGCUCGGUGCUGCUGAUUAUGGUUGCAUGGACGACAUUUUCAGGGGCAUUUCAAACCGGCUCGCUUUAUGCUUUGCCGACGUCAUCCGUUGUCUUCAACGUCUUCGUCAACAUUGCCGAGUACCUCUUCUUUACGGCGCUGUGCUUUUAUAUCGCCAACCCUCCGCUUUGGGCAGUCAAGCAUGUCAACAUCCAUGUUGCCGACUCGAAGCUGGGAUCGAAGCUUCCACCAGCCAUCAGAAGAGGGUUCACAGUGAAGAGAAUGCCGCGGGAUCAAACUAUCGCAGUGUGCUUCUGUGGUGCCGCAAAGACGACGAGCUUGGGCAUCCCGCUGAUUGCCGCGAUGUGGUCACAGAUGGACGACUUCACCAUCUCGGCUAUCCAGGUCCCAGUACUGCUAUACACGGUGGAGCAGGUAUUCGUCGCUCAAUUCUUUACCAUUUUCUUCAAGAAUUGGUUGGAGAAGGAGUCAAAGGCAGCUUCUGAUGUUGAGACAGCGGAUGGAGACCCACCAGUUGUGGACGUAGAUGGUUCAGGACAUCCAAGGAUUCCGGAAAAGGGCCGUGCAGAAGCAGGAAACGUAUAA